AGAAGAUUUUUGAAACCUAAAAUCUCUGAGUUGGUGUUGUGUUGUUCUCUAAUUGAGUUUCAGCAAAGAUGGUUGAUGGAGUUGAGUUCUCAAGCACUAAAAGUGGUGCGACAGAUCAAAGCAGCGAGACGGUUAUGAUGUACACGUUGUACGCCUCGGACAACCCGGGAGUUUUGAUCACUUCAGUUAUGUUAAAUGGAGAAAAUUACAAUGAGUUGUCUGGCGGAGAUGCUUAAUGCUCUUCAAGCAAAACGAAAGCUGGGUUUCCUCAACGGUACUUUGAAGAAACCCAGAGAUUCUAGUCCUGAUCUCAAAAACUGGUUGUCAGUAAAUUCAAUGGUCAUUGGUUGGAUCCGUUCUUCCAUCGAACCUAAAGUCAGAAGCACGGUAACUUACAUCUCCGAUGCUCAUCAGCUUUGGGAUAAUUUGAAGGAACGUUUCUCAGUGGGUAACGAGGUUCGGGUCCAUCAGAUUAAGGCUCAGCUCGCGUCGUGUAGACAAGAUAGGCAGCCUGUGUUGGACUACUUCAAGAAAAGUCAGGAACACACACUUCAGAUAAGUUGUCUGGACCGUUUUUCGAGGACCCUGAUUGGAACCGAUGAAGAGCGUGAUGGAAUCUAUUACUUUAAGGAUAUUGUCGCAGCAAAGAGUCAUCGGGUAGUUGGUAGUCAAGAUCAAGCUCUGUGGCAUCAGCGUUUGGGACAUCUGUCGUUUUCAGUUCUUUCGGAUUUGUCUUUUGUUUCUCAUUCUUCAAUGUUAGCUACCUCUAGUUUUUGUGACAUUUGUUUUCGAGCUGAACAAACUCGCGAAGUUUUUCCUGAUAGUUUGUGACAUAAAACGACAGUGUUUUUCUCUUAUUCAUGUUG